AGAUAUGUUGGCAUUUCUGACUACUACCACGUCCCGGCAUGUUUGCUUUUUUCUUUCUUGCUGUGGUUCAUGGGUUCUCUGACCAAUCAACUCAUUCUACGUUUGCUGUUGAGCUACACUGGAUGGAUGUACAGAAACCGUGGCAAGCGAAAUAUUUUUAUUUCUCUAUGGACGAUGCUGCUCAGUUUGGCCAAAUCAAAGCAUCCGAGACUCUAUGGUUAUCAGUACUCUCUGCCUAGCCUCCCAUUACCCCGUCUACAGGACACCAUGAACCGUUAUCUGCUUUCUGUUCGACAUCUGCUCCCUGUGAAAGAAUACGAGGAGAUUGCUCGAGAAGCGGAUGCGUUCUGCAAGGGUCCUGGCCGCAAAUUGCAGUUUUUCCUCCAUCUCAAAACCUGGUUCACAAGCAAUUACGUCACUGAUUGGUGGGAGGAUUACGUCUAUUUGGCCAACCGGGAUCCGCUUAUGUCGAAUAGUAACUUUUAUGGUUUAGAAUGGAAAUUGACUCGACCGAUUCAGCCCACCCAAGAAGCUCGUGCUGCAAUGCUCACCUACUUGUUGUUAGAAGUCCGACGGAAGUUGGCACGAGAAGAGAUGGCUCCCUUGCUCAUUAAUCAACUGGUGCCGUUGUGUUCGUGGCAGUACGAAAGGCCGUUUAAUACGACGCGCGUCCCGUACCUCAAGAAAGACAAACUCGUCCAUUUACCUGACUCUAGUCACAUCGUUGCAUACUAUCGAGGCCGGUACUACCGAUGCCCCUUCGUCGUCGAUGGUCGCCGUCUAUCACCAGCUGAGCUGGAAUAUAUGUUCAAUCAUCUUCUCUCUUCGGACCAGUCUUCGCCCGCGGGAGGUGAGGAGAUGCUUGCGGCUCUUACCGCUGGCCCUCGAGACUCUUGGGCGAUUGCUCGAGCGACUUUCUUCUCUACCGGAUUGAAUCGCGCUUCUCUGAGCGCGAUCGAGCGAGCAGCAUUUUUCCUCGCAUUCGACGAUGAACAACGUGAACUGGAUUUUGAUAAUAGCGCUGACUUAUCUUACUUAGGUAAAACGUUCCUCACGGGAAACUGUUACAACCGUUGGUUCGACAAAUCCUUUACUUUGGCUGUUCUUCCUGAUGGAACAUUUGGCUUCAAUAUCGAGCAUUCCUGGGCUGAUGCGCCAAUCUGUUCACAUAUUGUCGAGCUGGUAACUGCCUACGAACAUAUUGGUAUUGAGAAAUGUACUCCCGGACUACAUUAUGUGAAGGGCGGGUCUUGCGAUGGCACAGUGAACAACCGUGUGCUUCCAAGCCGACUCCGAUGGGAUAUAUCGCCCCAGUGCUCCGAAGUGAUAAAAUCCUCCUACCGUGUCGCCCGUACUCUGGCAGAUUCCAUCGAUUUAGUCGUCGUCCGUUUCCGCGAUUUCGGUCGUGGCUUUAUGAAAAAAAUGGGAUUCUCUCCCGACGCGUUCGUGCAAAUGGCUUUACAGCUGGCAUACUUUAUGGACAUGGGCAGUAUGGCUUUAGUGUACGAGUCCAGUAUGACGCGCUUAUUCCGUGAGGGACGCACAGAAACGGUUCGCUCGUGCACGGCUGAGGCUACUGAAUUCGUUCGGGCCAUGCUUGACAAUGGUGCAACGCUAGAGUACCGCGCCCGUCAGUUUCGAAUUGCCACCGACCGACACCAGAGACUGACCAAAGAUGCCAUGUCCGGUAAGGGUGUUGAUCGUCACCUAUUCGCGCUCUACAUCAUGUCCAAGUUUCUCCGUUUGGAAAGCCCGUUUCUGAAGAAGAUCUUGAGCGAACCAUGGCGCCUUUCAACUAGCCAAACCCCAACAAAUCAGACGGCAGAGUUUAACAUUCCCCCUGAUCAUCCCGAUGCACACCGCUGCUCUGGAGGUGGAUUCGGGCCGGUUGACAAAAAUGGCUACGGAGUUUCGUACAUAUUUUCCUCUGAGAUUGCUUUGAGCUUCCACGUUUCGUCCAGCUUUGAUUGUGCGAAGACGGCGGAAUAACUUCCGAUAGUUCCCAAGGGUAAUGGCCACUUCCAACUCUGACGCACGAUGCGUUCUCUCUUCAAGCUAGUACGGAUUUUUGCCUGGAGGUUUCUGCGAGUCUCAUUGCGUUCGCUUCCAGCCGGAAUGUGCCGACGAGCAUCGAUAAGUUCCAGAGAUCCCGAAGAGACCCAAUGUCCAUGUCUGUUAUCAGACUUACAACAUGAGGAUUUUCUGCUGUUACUAAGGUGUGGUGAACAUAAGACCAAAGACCAGUGAGCGUUUAUUCAACUCGCAUGUCAGCGUACUUCGAUACGCAUUCAGAACAGCAGGCUACGUCAGUUGGACGGUGUCUAUCGCUCACAACGUCGACGUGGGCUUCCGCCAAAGCGCAUCUGCCAUGCCCCACUGAGCCGAAUGAUAGAACGGGCUGGAUGGCCCAAAAGAUAAGUAAAAAUAGUGUUAUCUUGUUUGCUAUAUUUUCACACCGGCGCAUAGCCGGAUGAAACAUGGAUGCGCGGGUGAAACCAUUCGAGGAGAUACCUUGUAUGGAAACAGAUCCCUGUAGAGGGUUCCAUGCAUGGCCGUAUUACUUUACUUGCACAUUUAAAUAAAUAUGUUUGUUAUUGUUUCUAUUUUCUCUAUUUCUCUAGUAAAUUUCACCUGAAAACACUUUAAAAGUCCGUUUAGGAUCCAUUAUAUAAAACACGAACAAUUACCUGUUUUAUAUGAGCUCGCUGUACAUAUUGGUCAGACCACUCAGUUGGUCUGUGCCUCGCACCGUCGGGGAAUGUAGCGUUUAUGAUAUCAUAAGCGAAAUCAGCAAACGCUUACAGCGCGCAUUACGUCUAAGCUCUUUUUCAACAACGACGGAGAACAGCAUUAGUGACUUUGUAGAUAGGCUAAUUGAAAAAAAUGCCAAACAUAUUUAGUGAAAACUGAUAAAUCCGCAACACAUAAAAUAAUAGCAAUGUUCCAAUGAAAAGGUAACGGCUGAUUUUAAGACUAAGCUGUGACACUCAGAUUUUGUCAAUAUGCAUCGCGACCGAUCACCUACUUUGUGGAUGAGGUUUGUGCAAUCUUUUUUGGCGUCCUGAAGCACCAAUCCGUCUACGUAAUCACAUUCGCAUUCAUGCAAAUUUGCUGCGGCGCCAACAUAUGACUUUGCUUAACUGCCUGUCACUCCGCUCAACUUUCUUCAUUUAUCUCCAUUUGCAUAAUCUACCGCAUUUAUCUCAUCUGGUAGC